GUUGGAGGUACCACCAUGAUCAUCGGCCACGUCCUGCCUGACAAGGAGACCUCCCUCGUGGAUGCCUAUGAGAAGUGCCGGGGUCUGGCCGACCCCAAGGUCUGCUGUGACUAUGCCCUCCACGUGGGGAUCACCUGGUGGGCACCCAAGGUGAAAGCAGAAAUGGAGACCCUGGUGAGGGAGAAAGGCGUCAACUCGUUCCAGAUGUUCAUGACCUACAAGGACUUGUAUAUGCUUCGGGACAGCGAGCUGUACCAAGUGUUGCACGCUUGCAAGGAUAUUGGGGCGAUCCCCCGAGUCCAUGCUGAAAAUGGGGAGCUCGUGGCAGAGGGCGCUAAGGAGGCGCUAGAUUUGGGUAUCACGGGCCCAGAAGGAAUUGAGAUCAGCCGUCCAGAGGAGCUGGAAGCAGAGGCCACUCACCGGGUUAUCACCAUUGCAAACAGGACUCACUGUCCCAUCUACCUGGUCAACGUAUCCAGCAUCUCGGCCGGCGACGUCAUUGCAGCUGCUAAGAUGCAAGGGAAGGUUGUGCUGGCCGAGACCACCACUGCUCACGCCACGCUGACCGGCUUGCACUACUACCACCAGGACUGGUCCCACGCGGCCGCCUACGUCACGGUGCCUCCGCUGAGACUGGACACCAACACCUCCACCUACCUCAUGAGUCUGCUGGCCAAUGAUACUCUGAACAUCGUGGCAUCAGAUCACCGGCCUUUCACCACGAAGCAGAAAGCCAUGGGCAAGGAGGACUUCACCAAGAUCCCGCACGGCGUGACCGGCGUGCAGGACCGCAUGAGUGUCAUCUGGGAGAGAGGCGUGGUUGGAGGGAAGAUGGAUGAGAACCGUUUUGUGGCCGUUACCAGUUCCAACGCAGCCAAGAUCCUCAACCUGUAUCCCCGCAAGGGCCGCAUCAUCCCCGGAGCCGAUGCCGACGUGGUGGUGUGGGACCCAGAAGCCACCAAGACCAUCUCAGGCAGCACCCAGGUGCAGGGAGGAGACUUCAACCUGUACGAGAACAUGCGCUGCCACGGCGUCCCGCUGGUCACCAUCAGCCGGGGGCGGGUCGUGUAUGAGAACGGCGUCUUCAUGUGUGCCGAGGGCACCGGCAAGUUCUGUCCCUUGAGGUCCUUCCCAGACACCGUCUACAAGAAGUUGGUCCAGAGAGAAAAGACCUUGAAGGUGAAGGGGGUGGACCGCACUCCCUACCUGGGGGAUGUAGCCAUCGUGGUGCAUCCUGGGAAAAAAGAGAUGGGAACGCCGCUCGCAGACACUCCUACCCGGCCCGUCACCCGACACGGGGGCAUGAGGGACCUUCAUGAAUCCAGCUUCAGCCUCUCUGGUUCUCAGAUCGAUGACCAUGUUCCAAAGCGAGCCUCAGCCCGGAUUCUUGCACCCCCGGGAGGCAGGUCAAGCGGCAUUUGGUAAAAGCACUGCCCAGCCCCCCCAAGUGAAGAUGCACCGCUACCACCAGCCCGCACCCCCUCCGGCCGCAGCUCAGGGGCAGGAGAGGCCGGGCUGGGCAGCACACCACCUGAGAGGGCCCCCCGGCCCCGGGAGGCCCUCCCCAUGUCUGACACGUGAUUCACUGUGCUUUGAGCCAACCCUGACAGGCACUUUGAGAUGUGUUCCUCCUGCUGCAGUCCUUUCCUGCCUCGGCCUCGGCAGGCUUUCCUGGGCCCCAGGAAGCCCAUACUAUGCACAGAGCCCAAUGCAUAGAGCCUGGCCCAGCCCCUCCUCACCCCCGCCUCCCGUGCUGGCCUUGGGAAAGCCCUGACCUUAGUGCCCUGCCCCUGGCUAACCUGCCAGUUGUCCAGAGCACUUUAGCAGAUGUGUUUUAAAAGGAAAGGACUCCCUCCCCCAGCCCCCUCGCCCGGUGGUCACUUUUCCCAAGUGAGACAGGUGUCAGCAUCCCAGCCCUGCCCGGGACGGCCCGUUUUCCCCGACUCACCUCCGGCCCCUGUUUGGGUGUGGCUGGGACACCCUGCACCCUUUGCCGGCUGCUUCCCCUCCCCAACCCCACCCCCCAGAGUCCCAGGCCCAGAAGCGCUGGCUGGGCAGGCGUGAGGCUGGUGCCAAGCGCGUGUACAUGAUUUUGUUUUGCACGUUUGGUUUGCGCGGUGGUUUGGUUUGACUUGUUUGUGCAUCCUGUGAACAAUGACGGUGCUUCGUGUCACUAGCAUAGCAUAGAAACAGGAAUAGAUGUGGACCUGAGGAGAUGCUGCAUCGACACCAACCAGACAGCCGAGGGCACAAAUGACGGGGGCGAGAGGGGCCACGGGACCCGCGGGCCUUCUCCCUACCUGGAGCCUUCCUCUCCUCUCCCCUCCCCGCCUGGUCUAGUUUCCUGCCUUCUGAGAGGGUGGCCAGGAUGCCUGCCCUGGAGACCUUCCCAGCUCUGACUCCCAGCACUAAUCCCCCCACACACCCAGCUGCCUGGAAGCAUCCCCCUGCUGGACAGAGGCCCAGCCGCUCCUCCCGGGUGAUUGGCCAGAGGCCUCAUGCCUGCUAAGAGAGGGGGAGCAAGGACUCGGGGGAGUGGGCUAGCUAAAUGCCAGGUAGGAGACCAGGCCAGCAGGACCUGGCUGCAGAGCCUGCAUUGCUGCACAGGGCCCAUGGUCCCCUGUGGUCAGCACCUUGCUCUCACCUGCUGGUGGCCUCCAUCUUACUCCCAGUAGGGGCCUCCCUGCCUCCAGAAGCUCCAGGAGGUUUCCAUGGAAACCCUAGAGGCUGCCCUUGCUAAGUCUUUGUCCCCCCUCGGGGAAGUGAGGUCACAUGGCAUCACAUGGCACAUUUGGUUCAAGCCCCCAGGCUUACGCGUGGCUCCUGGACUCUUGGGCCGGUGGGCACACCCUGCACCUCUCUGUGGCCCUUCUCAUGUUCCCCAAGUGCUUCCAUCUGUGAGCUCUCAGUUGCUCCUCACGACAACAAAGCGUGUGCUACCCUCCGCAUUUCACAGAUGUGGCCCGGGAAGCUUAGGCCUUCUGACUCCAGAAGUGUCCAGGACUGCCCUUUGGAGUGUCGCUGUCUACCCCAGCUGGGGACAGGAGGAAUGGCCUGAUGUCUCGUGUGGGUCCCUCCUGAGCCUUCAACCAACUAGAAGACUUAACUCCCCCAGGAGGCAUUCCACUUCGUUUGGCACGGGUAGCUAGAUUCUGCUUGUAGGCAAACUAAUGCAUAGUCACCGUUUGAGCCAGAACUAGGUACACAUUGAGGGGUGCCCGGUGGUUGGAGCUGCCUUCGCCUCCUCACUCCUCCUUUCACGCUCCUCUUCCUCACUUCGGGGCUGAGAGGACCAAGACAGGAACCCGGGAAGCAGAGGCAGCAAAGGCACUCACGGAGGGCGGUAGCCAUGGGGACAGUCGGUAGGGAUCUGAGCCUGGGAAACUGUGACGCUGACCCCUUGGUAUGACGCCCAUCAUCUUUAUGCCUGGCAGCCCUUGCUGGGUCAUGGGCCUUGGGCAGAUGCCAAAGAGCCGAGCAGUGGUGGUGGCCAGCGGGCAGAGCAUCCCUGCUUGGGCUAGGAAAGCUUUACCUUCUCUGAGUGCCUCCGCCCGAGAGAUGCAUGGUCCGUGGCUCUGGGAGGCCACGCGGCGCCGUGGUCCAUUGAAGGCCUUCCGCUUCAUUCACCCCCCCACACACACACACUCCUUACAGAGACCCUGCCCUUGCCCAGGAGCUU